UAGUUUAUUUUGUUUACCUAUGUUAAGGAUCUCUAAAUCCCCCUCCAAGCGGGUUUUAUUCUCGCCCACCACCGAGCUUCACUUCAUCGAGCGAUCGCAAACGCAUGCAUAUACAUUUUAACGAUUACAUACUAUACAUUAUCUACUCCAAUAUAUAACCACAUUGUUAUUUGUUCUUCAGUUGUUUGUCUUUAAUAAACCUGUAAAUGCGAGCCAAGUCUUUUCAUUGAGGAGAACAAGACAUCCAGCAAAGAACAUUGGUGACCUCGACGUGAUGAACGUGAUCAACAUCAAACAGCAGGGAAGUGUCCAUUCCUGAUUUAUAUCUAUUCUCAUCAUAAAUCAUCCAUUAAUUCAUCCAUAGGCCUUAGACUCGAACAAAAGUUAGCUUAAUGUACUUUAAACUUUAACAAACUACCUCCAUCUUAAUAACUAAGAGUGAAAUACAUUAGUCAAAACUUGAUUAUUACACAUUAAUAAAGUCAAAUAUCAUUUCGUAAUCAAUACUUCAUUAAAUACAGCAAAUUAUUAUAAUAUUACAUUUUGUUAACGCUGAGAUUGCAGUACAACGAGUUGUUACAAUACAUUUCGAAAUAAUUCUUUAAUAACAAGCGUAAAAUUUAACAUUUAAUUAUUCAUCAUACGCAUUCAUUUAAUCAUAACAUUUGUUUUGAAUAGUUCAAUUUCUGCAUUCCAGUAAACGCUUCGUGUCGCACUACGUGUGUCAUUUCAAAGCCGUUCGUUCCCGCAUCUGGCCGACUACAGUUUAUAAGACACUGCGCUGACCUUGACCCAUUGUUAAUUGAGGGCAUUGACCGGAUUGCAUAAUUUACCUGGCCAAUCCUCCUCCUCGUCGACUUCCAUAUGCGUCCUGUGCGGUGGUGAUCAUCGCUUAUAUGAUUGUGCGACCUUCUUGGCAAAAUCAAUCGCUGACAGGACCGCCGAGGUGGUGAGGUUAAGACUAUGUUUUAACUGCCUACGCAAGGGGCAUUCAGUACAACAAUGUAGGUUAGGUCCUUGUUACAUUUGCAAAUUAUUUCACAACACCCUACUACAUAGGGAUAAUUCUCAGGCUGCAAAUAUAUCCAACGUUCAAGCACAAAGCUCGACAACCGAAGCGGGGUCUGAGGGUGAGCAGGCUACGUGCAAUAGCGCUGUCAGUAUGUCAGUGGGUUCCAAAUCAAAUGUACUUCUUUCAACGGCGAUGGUCGAAAUAUACAAUCCAAACACAAGACAUCAUGUCACGGCUCGUGCACUUCUAGACAGCGGCAGUCAGUCGUCCAUUAUUACAGAGAAUUUAAAAUUGAAAUUACAGUUAAGUUCUUUACCGACUAAAUUAAACAUUAUAGGGAUUGGUAAUCAAAACACAUGCUUGAAGUCGUUGAAUCGUUGCAACAUAGUGUUGGCCUCAAAGUGUAACGAUUAUAAUAUUGAAACUUCAUGUUUAGUGCUGCCUCAAAUUACAACCAACCUACCUAAUAAGACAGUAGAUAUUUCAGAAAUACAACUUCCAUCUCAUUUAAAACUCGCAGAUCCUAAAUUCAAUUAUUCGGCACCUAUUGAUUUACUAAUAGGAGCCGAUAUUUUUUGGACUUUAAUUGAACCGCGACAAAUUUCUUUAGGAACCAACAAGCCCGUUAUGCAUAAAUCCAAACUAGGUUGGAUAUUAUCCGGUCCAAUCUCAACCAGUCAAAACAAUCACAAGAAUUCUAUACAUUGUAAUUAUGCUUUUAUUCAAUCGCGCGAGUCGAGAGUUUCAAAUAGGUCUCUUAAUGAGCAACUAGCUAAGUUUUGGGAAAUUGAGCAAGUACCUCAAUACGAUUCCCUCAAAACAGAAGAAGAAAUAGAAUGUGAAAAUCAUUACGUUGCUAACACAUAUCGUAAUGACGAAGGCAGGUUUUGUGUGAGAUUGCCAUUAGUUUCAGAGCCCACUUGCUUAGGCGACUCAUUCACACUAGCUAGAAACCAGUUCUUGUCAUUGGAGAGACGUUUGUCAAAAAACAGUGACCUUAAAAAUUUAUAUUCGCAGUUUAUACAUGAAUACUCUGUGCUAGGCCACUUGUCUGAGUCGGAGAUAUUGAUUCCUCGGCAAUCUUAUUUUAUACCUCACCACGCGGUACUGAAACCAUCUAGCGAAUCAACCAAACUGCGCGUCGUAUUUAAUGGUAGUGCGAGGACAACAUCUGGAUUUUCCAUAAACGAUUUAUUAAUGGUUGGCCCAAAUAUACAAGAUAAACUUUUUAACAUUUUGCUUCGAUUUCGUCAAUACACUUACGUAAUAUCAGCUGAUAUAGAAAAGAUGUACCGACAAGUACAAAUACAAAACAAUGACCGCGAUUUGCAAAUGAUACUUUGGCGUGAUACAAGUACGGAGGCACUGAGAUCACUGCGGCUCAAUACAGUUACCUAUGGCCUUUCUAGUUCAAGUUUCCUGAGCACACGUUGUCUGUGGCAGUUGGGCGAGGACUCUUGUGAACCUAAAAUUAAAAAUAUUAUUCAGAACGACUUCCUGGUGGACGACAUGCUCACCGGAAGUGACAGUGAGACUGAGCUACAUUAUAUUAAAAAAACCGUAGAGAGUACAUUAGCAGCCGGCUGUUUCAAUCUACGUAAGUACCGUUCCAAUAUACCAUCUCUCUUGAUCGAGCCGCAGUCUGUUCAACGUGAACUCAUAAUUAGUUCAUCGUCACAUACCUUAGGGAUAGGUUGGAACCCCAACGAAGAUUACAUUAGCUUUCCUAGCAAUUACAAAAUUACAAAAAAUAUUCCUACCAAAAGAUCAAUUUUAUCAGAUUCAUGUAAAGUUUUCGAUCCUCUUGGAUUGCUGAGUUUAUUCACAAUUAAACCUAAAAUCAUACUGCAAAGACUUUGGCUGACUAAAAUCGAUUGGGAUGAACCUGUUCCCGCCGACAUAAGUAGAGCCUGGCAAUCAUUUCUUUUGCAGCGUGUCUGAAAUCCAGCACUUGCGAAUUCCUAGACAUGUCUUAUGUCCCGAGUCGAUUAACACAGAGCUGCAUUGCUUCUGCGAUGCUUCGCAGUCUGCAUACGCAGCAUGCAUUUAUCUCAGAUCUCACGACGCGCAAGGCAACGUGCGCGUACGCUUGUUAUGUUCCAAAGCUCGAGUAGCUUCUGUGAAUCCGAUGACUAUUCCAAGACUCGAGCUAUGCGCGUGCGUCCUGGGCGCACAGUUGGUGAGUGCUGUGUGUCGCGCAUUGCGAUGCGCAAUUUCCCACAAAAUAUUUUGGACUGACUCAUCUAUUGUGCUGACCUGGUUGAGUAUGAGAUGUGAUAGACUGAAAACCUUUGUGGCAAACAGGGUAGGUACCAUUUUGGAAUCGACUGACAUUUCUGAGUGGCGUCAUGUGCCAACGUCGUGUAAUCCUGCAGAUUUAGCUUCACGUGGUUUGGAUGUGUCUGCACCUCCUCAGAUGGAUCUUUGGUGGAACGGCCCAAAGUUCUUGAAAGAAAGCAAGAAUGAGUGGCCAGCAUUGUUUAACCACCGCCAUCCCACUGAUGAUUUGCCGGAAAUAAAGAUUAAUUUAGUGAACACAUCUAAAAACAUGAUACAGACAUUAAUACAUUUUGAUAGGUAUUCUAAUUUGCGCAUAUUGCAAAGAGCUUGUGCAUAUAUUUUAAGAUUCGUUUUAAAUUGCAGAAACAAACCCAAUAAAAAGAAUGGUAUAUUGCAGCCUGAUGAGCUCAUCAAUUCAUUUGAAACUUUAGUGAGAUUAGCUCAGAAGGAUAGUUUUAGUACUGAACUAGCCACAAUCGAUAAUAAAGGCGUGCUGAGUCCGAACAAUCCUUUAAUUUCCUUAAGCCCGUUUAUUGAUGAUAAGGGUAUAUUACGUGUAGGUGGUCGUUUAAACUAUUCUUGUCAGAUUUACGACAAACGUCAUCCUAUGCUACUACAUGCGAAGCAUAAAUUGACAAAACUAUUGUUCCAGCAAGAACAUUUACGUCUUCUGCACGCUGCCCCACAGUUACUACUGUCCACUGUCAGAGAGUUCGUCUGGCCCAUAGCGGGCAGAGAUCUGGCACGUGCUACUGUGAGACAAUGCAUUGUAUGCAGGCGGGCAAGUGCUAAGAUGCUUGCACCUAUGAUGGGCGCAUUACCCAGUCAACGCGUUGAUCCUGACUUCCCCUUUAUAAGUGCUGGUAUUGAUUUUUGUGGACCUUUCUUAAUAACUGAUAGGAAGGGUAGAGGGUGUAAGAUAUCGAAAUGUUAUAUGUGCGUUUUUGUCUGCCUCAGAUACAAAUGUUUGCAUUUAGAAGCCGUAAGCGACCUCACCAAAGAGGCAUUCAUAUUAUCGUUGCGUCGUUUUAUCUCUCGCCGAGGUAAGCCGAAGGAGAUUUUCUGCGAUAAUGGCAGAAACUUCGUAUCUGCAUCCAAAGAAAUUACAGAAUUUGUGAACUCUCAUGCUGAUGGCGUCGGUGGAUUCCUUUCUAGUGAAGGGAUUGAUUUUAAAUUUCAACCGGCAUAUGCACCACACUUCGGGGGUCUAUGGGAGGCGUCAGUCAAAUCAGCCAAAUUUCAUUUGAAAAGAAUUCUCGAUAACACUCACUGCACAUUUGAAGAAUUAGCUACUUUGUUUAAUCAAAUCGAAGCCAUACUCAAUAGCAGGCCUUUAUGUCCCUUAUCUUCCUCUCCUGAUGACCUUGCUCCUCUGACUCCCGGACACUUCCUCAUUGGAAGACCUUUGACGUCGUUGCCAUCACCUAACUACAUGCAACUUAGUACCUCUAGAUUGAACCGAUACCAACACUUGGAGCAGAUUCGUCAACAUUUUUGGAAUCGAUGGCAGCUAGAGUACUUGAACGAAUUACAGCAAAGACACAAAUGGCGCGUACCAGCAAGAUCAAUCCAGAAUGGUGACUUAGUUCUACUGAAGGACGAGAAUAUUCCACCGAUGCAAUGGCGGACGGGUCGAGUCAUCAACCUAUUUCCAGGAAAGGACAAUAUCGUGCGAGUAGCCGAAAUCAAAACUUCGACUGGCGUUUAUCGGCGUGGACUUCGAUAUCUUUGUCCUCUAUUGGAUACUGCAGAAGAUUCUUCAUUGGAAGCAAAUGCUUCCAAGGCCCCGGAGGAUGUUAAGGAUCUCUAAAUCCCCCUCCAAGCGGGUUUUAUUCUCGCCCACCACCGAGCUUCACUUCAUCGAGCGAUCGCAAACGCAUGCAUAUACAUUUUAACGAUUACAUACUAUACAUUAUCUACUCCAAUAUAUAACCACAUUGUUAUUUGUUCUUCAGUUGUUUGUCUUUAAUAAACCUGUAAAUGCGA